CAGACAUCAUGUGAGAGCAGUGAAGUGUUCCCUGUCUGUGCAGAGACAUGGCCUCCUCCACCCCGGGGGACUCCGGGCUGCUCCGGGGCACCAGGGCGCGUUCCUACGGCAGCAUGGUCCACUCGCCGGCCAGAAUCCGGAAGGUGGAGCACCUGGUGGUCCCGGGGGACACGCUGCAAGGCUUGGCGCUGAAGUACGGCGUCACGGUGAGUAGAGGCCACCUGUGGCAGGGGGACGCGGGCGCCUUUGCCGCCAGGGGCAUGCUGGGUACUUUAGUGCGCCAACAAAAGGCCAACCGGGCUGCCGUGAAGAAGAUACGGGAGGGGGAGAGCAUAGGUGCCGCAGAGGAAGACGCAGUGUCGGUGGUUGGCUACCAGAACCCUUCCUUCAGCCGGUCUCGGGAGGGCUCCCCGCAGACGCAGCAACGCUCAUUACUCGGACCCGUCCCUUUAACGGUGACCCCCCGCGCGUCGGCCCUGCGGGAUCGGGAGGACGAGAUAUUUAAGUUAUGA